AAACUGCUGCUUCUUAACAAAUUUAUUAAACUUUCUGAAAAUGGCUUACAAAAGUUUGAUUUCCUCUGAGUAGGUCACUGUGAUUGUGACUUCCCAAAACCAAAAACCCUUCCCUUUGAUGUUCAUGGUUGUGUAUUUGUCUCAACCACUCCAUGACAAAGAAGCUGCACAUUGUCACCACACAAAUAAAAAAGUAUUUCCUGAAACCCCUGUUGCAUUUAAUAGUGAUUUUUAUUUUUAUGAUCCUGACUAUUGGAUAUUCUCCAACAAGUGGAAACAUUUUCUGUCCACCUUCCCCAUUAGAACUCUUUUUGACCUCUACCAGAUCAUUCUUUGGUCUUCUGUGUUAGAGAGAAAAGUGACCCAGCCUGUUCAGACCUUCCUAAGUAACAUGUUGUUUUCAGUUCCCUCAUCAUUCCUGUGAAUCUUAUCGCAUAGUCUCCAGAGCACCCCUUUAUAAUAUGGAAAUGAGUACUUUCAGUGCAGUUCAGUGAAAAGGCGACAUCACACUUCGCCCUCAGAGCACCCGGAACGUUUAUCUCGGGAGCGGAUUGUCGGAGAGUCCGAGUCACCGACGGACACCGGGUGUCAACAGGAGAGAGCAUGAGGCGGAGGCUGAAAGAGGUGGCACAGCAGGCUGUAAGCUUGCACUGCCGACUCCACAGGAUCCAGGCACCAGUCAGGUAUUGGCCGCUCUGCACUACAUUAGAGAGACAUAAUGCUCAAAAUGCAGGUGUUUGGAUAUACACCUCUCGUGGCUUCUGUAAAGCUGGGAUUUCCAGGCAGUCUGAGAAAACAUCAUCAGACUCUCUUUCAGCUGCAAAGAUCAGCUCUGAGAUUUUGGAGAAUCUCGGGCAAACCGCUGCGAAGCAUUUUGGGAAGUCAGACAUUGAUGCCUCAGGGCUGGAGAGUGUGAUUGAGUCCAUUCUGAAGCUGGGUCUAAGCCAGGCUCAGGUUAAGCAGUUGCUCACUUUGAAUCCGAAAAUCGCUGUGCAACCUCCACAGAGGAGCCUCGCUGCGCUCAAUGUACUCAACUUCCUUGGCUUGAACCCAAGUAACAUUAUCAAGAUCCUGGAAAAAUGUCCAGAUCUGCUUGGAACAAAGGCACAUCAACUUCAGCCACUUAUUGAGAAUCUACAGAAGUAUGGGCUGGGAGAAGGCAGUCUACAACGUGUCUUGGUGCAUUCCCCACAGAUCCUGAAUCUUUCUGCAAAACAGGUGAACAACACAGUACGUUUCUUCAAAGACAAGUGUAUUUUCACAGCUGCACAGAUCACAGAAAUCCUCCGGACUUCACCUAAUGUCCUUUUUGAGAAAUUUGAAGAAUUGGAAUAUAAAUUCCAGUACGCCUACUUCCGAAUGGGUAUAAAACAAUCAGAAAUUGUAAAAUCCGCAUUGUUCCGGGUGUCGCUGGAAGAACUGAAGCAGCGUCACAUCUUCUUGGAACGACUAGGACUUUACCAGACUCCAGAUAAGAAGGGACAGACUCAGAUUGUAAACCCCAAACUGAAGGAUGUACUCUCCACCAGCGAGGACCAUUUUCUGGCUAAAGUGGCCAGGUCAACCCAGGAAGAGUUUGACAUCUUUAAGAAGCUACUGAGCUGUGAAGAGAUAGAGAAAGAAGAACUUGAGUCCUCAGAAUGGGGAGACGAAGAAGAACUCGAGAAGGACUACAGCAGUGAGGAAGAUGAUGGACCACUUGAGAGAAAUCGCUAAAGGUUAUAUUCCAGAAAGGGAUUAGAGUUGAUGAGUAAAUGGAGUAUUUGUGCUGGAGGAUACCAAUUAAAAUUGCAAAUGGGAAGCUACAAGCAUUAUUCAUUAAUUAAAAAAACAUUAUUCUCUGCUAGACUUUGUACAAAUGACCAUGUUUUAUACAGAUUUAAAAAUUGGUAGAAUGUAACUAUAAGCCAAUAUAGUGGAAAUUUAUUGUCGUUGGUAAGGUGCUAUAGCAAUACAGACCCUCUUUCAGUUACCGAUAUCAGCUAUUAGCCUGGUUGAGGUAACUAUCUCUAGACAUAUGAUGCAUGUCAGAAAUAUGUUCGAAGUAAAUUAAUCUUGCAGGUUACAACCCAGAGGAAAAGACCAAUGAAAACACACUUUAAAAAAAUAAAUGUGUUUAAGAUAAACUUUACUGUUCACACAGUACAAAUACAAAAAUAGUGUGUAAAGGAUAAGAAGAUACAAAGCUUAAAUAAUUCAUUCUGGCACUUAGAAUCCUUAUGCAAUAUAUAAUAGAUUACACUUUAUAUAAUUAUAGUGCUGCUUGGUGAUCCCAACAGGUUUGGCAAAGACUGGUUAAAACAAUUCUAAUGGGAUGUCUGACUUGUCUAAUAAGAUAUUGUAGGUGUUGAAUUACACAUCACAUAGAGCAGAACUUUAUAAUUUCACUUGUCAGACUAAGCCUUUUAGACCAACAGGAGUUUUCAGCAGUAACAGCCAGUUUAAUCAGAAUUAGUGUCAUGUUGUGAAGGGAGUGCUGGACAGCAAAUCCUGGACAUUCCUAUGUUGUGUUGUAUAUAACACAUUUGUAUUUUAAUGGUAGAAGAGAAACACAGAUGUGGAACUGAGUAAGUUUAACAGUGACAGAUCUGCUUUGAUAGCAUGAACCCCCCCCCCCAACCACACCCUAUGCACACACAUUUCUCACCAAGGGACCUUCCAUUCUUGAAAUGGGCUCACAGUGGGGGAAAGUGCUGGUUUAUAUACUCCCAAAUAAGAGUUAGUUACAUUAUUAAAGAACAGCUGACCAUUUCUUUAGGGAGGUAUGUAAUGCAACGGUUAACAAUCUCUUCACCAUGUUGCUUUUUUUUAGGAAUAGAAAUGAAGCCAGCUAUUAAAAAUAAACUAGUACUAAACUAACUUAAAUACAAAAGUAUUAAAUUUAAAAUAACUAUCCAUUUAACUUAUUCUGUACUAAAGCAAUGCUUUAGUGGUAACUUUAAUCUGGAACAAAGCAAUGCUGGAGAACUCAAAUUGCAAUACUCUAAUUGUAAAUCUACAAUAGUAAGUAGAGUGGGUUCUUUUUUGAUAUGUUUUAUUGAGAUCUAAUUCAAUUAAUUUUUAUGAAAUGAGGUGGUGGAGAUUGGUACAAUUACAACAUUUAAAAGGUAUCUGGAUAGGUAGAUGAUUAGGAAGAGUUUAGAGCAAUAUGGACUAAGUGCUGGCAAAUGGGACUAGAUUAAUUUAGGAUAUCAGGCCAGCAUUGAUGAGUUGGAUGGAAGUAUCUGUUUCUGGGCUACAGAUCUUUAUGACUGAGAGAUUAUCACUUCUAUCACUAAAUGGUUUCACCAUCAAUCCUUUGUUGUACAGUAAAAUGUAUAACUUUAGCAAGAAAUCAGUUGUAAUUUGAGAAAUGUACUGAAAUCAGUUUGAGAAGUAGCUGGAAACCUUAAGCAAGUGCAUUUCAUAGGUUGCAAACAACAGCCAUAAAAUGAGAAUUAAACAGAACAGUGUAGAAUAUUGGUGACUGAAAGAUUGCAGUUUUAAAACAAAAGUAUGCUGAACACAUUCACUUGGGAUUGGUGGUGAUCAACCAGACUCCAACGGUGACAGAAAACACCAUUUCUGGCAAUUCAAUUGGAAUGAAAGAGCAAGCUCAACUCAUUAGAUUUCACAAUGAAGAUUUCCAAGAUGCUCUGAUCACAACUCCUUCAUAUUCACCUUUUCCAUGGAAUGGUUGCAAAGAGCAAAAAUAAUGUUCUUGAAGUGUCUUAUUGAUGUUCAGCACCCUCAACGUGUGACCUUAAAUAUUCAAACUUUUUAAAAAUUGAGUGAUUUGUGUCCUAUAUAAUAGAAGUGUAAAUCUAAUGACAAUAAAAUAACAUACUUUAUAUUCUAAUACAGGAGUGUUAAACUUGGAACAAACCCUUACAAAUAUGCUCCCAACUAUUGUGUAGCCACUCAAAAAAAAAAGCAUAGUCAGUAUACAGUUAUUUCAGUUUGGAUUUGUUCUUUAGGGCGAGUUUGCAUUUCUUUCUGGACUAAGGCACUUUCAGGGAAGCAUUCAGAUUUCCAUUACCAGUCUGAUGCAUGUUAGCC